GCCGCAUUUUCCAAUCAAUACCAUCAUAAGUUAACCAACCACCUCGCUUCUUGUGUAUUGUCAUUGCCUCGACGCAAAAUGUCAGACCUCAAAGCCACUGUCAAAGAAACGACCUCAAACACCGGUCACACCGGUUUCCACGUCGAAGGCUACGAGAAAAUCGAAUAUGACUUCACAUUCAUUGACGGUGUUUUCAAUACUGAGAAUCCUAAUCUUGCAGACUGCUACAAGAAAUGGAAGAGAUGUCUCGCGGUCACAGACCAAAACAUCUACAACGUAUACGGACAGCAAAUGGAGCGGUAUUUUGAGCACUAUGGACUCGAGCUGAAAGUCCACAAAACGAAGAUUGGAGAGAAAGCGAAGACGAUCCCCACGCUCCUCGGUAUCGUGGACUCAAUGAAUGAGUUUGGAAUUUAUAGAAAGGAGCCGGUUCUCGUCGUAGGAGGGGGGCUCGUGACUGACGUUGCUGGAUUCGCCUGUGCCGCUUACCGCCGUAACACAAACUUCAUCCGGAUCCCCACGACCGUCAUCGGGCUCAUCGACGCCUCCGUCUCCAUCAAAGUCGCCGUCAAUUAUGGCAAUUACAAGAACCGCCUAGGCGCCUACCACGCCCCGAUUCACACCUUCCUCGACUUCACUUUCUUGCGGACUCUUCCGACAGCCCAGAUCCGUAACGGUUUCGCAGAGUUGAUAAAGAUUUCGACUUGUUCUCAUCUCGAUACUUUCAACUUGUUGGAUAAGUACUGUGAGCAGUUGAUUGAGCAGAGUUUUGGGAGAGCGGAUGGCAGUUCGAGGGAGUUGAUCGAGGCUGCGGAUAAGAUUAAUCGGGAAGGCAUCCAUGAGAUGCUGAAGCUGGAGACGCCGAAUUUGCAUGAGAUUGGACUGGAUCGGGUCAUCGCUUAUGGACAUACCUGGUCACCACUCCAUGAACUCGUCCCUGAGACACCUCUUCGUCAUGGCCACGCCAUCUCAAUCGACAUGGCCUACUCCGCAACUCUCGCCAAUUCCCGCGGUCUCAUCACUGACGCAGAGCAUCGCCGCUUGUUGAACCUCUUCUCUCGCACGGGUCUCUCGAUGGACCACCACCUCUUCAACGAGGAGAUCCUGGCUAAGGGUACAGCAGCAAUUCUCAAGACUCGCGAUGGGCUUCUGAGAGCAGCAGUCCCAAAUCCUAUCGGCCAAUGCACGUUCCUGAACGAUGUGAGCGCCGAUGAAAUGAACGCUGCGCUGAAGAGACACAAGCACUUGAUGCGAGAGUAC